AUGGCGGACCCGAACAAUGUCUCGCAGUACAAGUACUCGGCGAUGUCGAACCUGGUCCUCCAGGCCGACCGGCGGUUCAUCUCGCGCCGCAACGACGAAAACACUGGUGAUCCCGAGUCGCUUGCAGGCCGCCUGAACAUUCGGGACAUGGGCUCGCGGGUCGGUCGAGAAGCCGCGCCCAAACAGAAGAAGAUGGCGCCGGCCCUACAGGGCGUCGACAGAGGCUCGAUCCGCGAGGGCGAAGAUGUCCUGGAACGAGAGCAGAGGAAGAGAAAGCGGGGUGAGCCUGCCCAAACUCGAGGUGCCGGCAUCCUCUCCGCGGGCGACGCGCUGAUCGAAGGGCUCAAGUAUCGUCCUAGGACUCCCGCCACCCGCGCGACUUACGAUCUGCUGCUCACCGUCACGGCCAACGCACUGGGCGACGUCUCGCAGGAGAUUGUCCGGAGCGCGGCCGACGCCGUCCUCGAAUAUCUCAAAGACGAAAACAUGAAAGACCUCGACAAGAAGCGAGAGAUUGACGAUAUUGUCGGGAUCACGAUGACGCCCAAACAGUUUAACGAGCUGGUGAAUCUCGGGAAGAAGAUCACAGACUACGAUGCUCAGGACGACGACGAGGACACGGCGGACGGCGCAAACAACGAGACAGAGCUUGAUGAGCGCCAGGGCGUGGCGGUGGUUUUCGAUGAAGACGACGAUGUGGACGAGGACGGCGUCCAACGAACGUACGAAGUCCGCGACGAAGACGAAGGGGAUACUGACGACGAAGACGCCCCCGAUCUGCCCGGUCUUGAAGAGACCGCGACAGCAGGAGGUGCCGGAGUGCCAGACGCCGAGGAUGGCGACGAUGAAGACGGCGGUCUGGUCAUAGACGGUGGAGUUGGCGAGUCGAGUCGUAGAAAACGCGAAGACGCCGACUCAAUACCCAUUCACGAAAUUGAUGCAUAUUGGCUGCAGCGCCAGAUCGGUGCCGUCGAUUCAGAUCCCCAUAUUCAGCAGCAGAAGACUCAAGAGGCGCUUCGCAUCUUGUCCGGAAAGUCUCCCGAGGGUGAAGAUCUAUCCCUUCGAGACAUUGAGAACGACAUGAUGGACCUGUUCGAUUAUGAGCACCCGGAUAUUGUCAGUAAAUUUGUCUCAAACAAGGACAAGAUUGUUUGGGUCACAAGGUGGCGCAGAGCUGCUGAAGACGCGGACGCCCGACACCUCGUCGAGAGUGAGAUGGUUGAAGCUGGACAGCGAGCCAUUCUUGACGAGCUGUUAGGCAUGACGGACCGUGAUGGAGAAGCAUCACGGCCAGCCAAGAAGAUGAAGCUGGACUUGAUGGAUAUUGAUAUUCCCAAGGCGCAGGAAGAUCAGGAGGAGAAGAAGGAGGGCGUCCUGACUGGUGGCUUGCAGCCGCAGCGACUCAUCAACCUGGAGAACCUGGUCUUUGAGUCGGGAAACCACCUCAACACGAAUCCAAAGGUCAUUCUACCACCCGGAUCGACUAAGCGGACGUUCAAAGGAUACGAAGAAAUUCAUGUUCCCCCUCCUAAGCCGAGGAGGGAUCCUGGCGAAAGGAACAUCCCGGCAAGCGAACUGCCCGAUUGGGCGAGACAAGGCUUCGGCUCUGCGAAGGAGUUGAAUCGCAUCCAGUCGAAGUGCUACCCCUCUGCUUUCCAAGACGACGGCAACAUGCUCAUUUGCGCACCCACUGGUUCUGGCAAGACAAACGUCGCAAUGCUUACGAUGCUUCGCGAGAUUGGAAAGCACAGAAAUCCGGAGACGGGUGAGAUCAUGCUGGACGACUUCAAGAUCGUUUACAUUGCACCUCUGAAAGCCCUGGUACAGGAACAGGUGGGCAAUUUUGGGAAGCGACUUGAGGUCUACGGUAUACGAGUAUCUGAGCUCACGGGCGAUCGGCAGCUCACCAAACAGCAAAUCGCCGACACUCAGGUCAUUGUGACGACGCCCGAGAAGUGGGAUGUCAUCACGCGCAAAGCUACAGACCAGAGCUACACCAGUCUCGUCCGUCUCAUCAUCAUCGAUGAAAUCCAUCUGCUGCACGACGACCGUGGCCCAGUCAUCGAGAGCAUCGUCAGCCGAACCAUUCGAAAGAUUGCACAAACCGGCGACCCUGUCCGAAUUGUCGGGUUGAGUGCAACGCUCCCCAACUACCGGGAUGUGGCUACUUUCCUUCGGGUAGACCCCCAAAAGGGCCUCUUCCAUUUUGACGGGACUUUCAGGCCUUGUCCUCUCAAGCAGGAAUUCAUCGGAGUGACGGACAAAAAGGCCAUCAAGCAGCUCAAAACCAUGAAUGAUGUUUGCUAUUCUAAAGUGCUCGAACAUGCCGGGACGAACCAGAAUCAAAUGCUGAUUUUUGUUCAUUCUCGAAAAGAAACUGCCAAAACAGCCAAGUAUAUUCGAGACAAGGCUGUUGAGCUGGAAACCAUCGGACAGAUCAUGAGGUCUGACGCAGCAAGUAGAGAAGUCUUGCAGCAAGAGGCUGAUUCAAUCAACGAUCCCAAUCUGAAGGAUCUGCUGCCGUACGGGUUUGGCAUACAUCAUGCUGGUAUGAACGUCGCAGAUCGAACUUCCGUGGCAGAACUCUUCGCCGACGGCUUUCUAAGAGUGCUCGUCUGUACCGCAACACUCGCCUGGGGUGUGAACUUGCCUGCUCACACGGUCAUUAUCAAGGGUACACAAGUGUAUUCGCCCGAAAAAGGAAGUUGGGUGGAACUGAGUCCUCAAGAUGUCCUUCAGAUGCUGGGGCGAGCAGGUCGUCCGCAGUUCGAUUCCUACGGCGAAGGCAUCAUCAUCACAUCCCAGACAGAGAUGCAAUACUACAUGUCACUGAUGAAUCAGCAAUUGCCCAUUGAGAGUCAACUUAUGAGCAAGCUAGCGGACAAUCUGAAUGCGGAGAUUGUUCUGGGCAACAUUCGUACGCGCGACGAGGGAGUGGAGUGGCUCGGCUACACCUAUCUCUUUAUUCGCAUGAUCCGGUCUCCGGGUCUGUACAGUGUCGGCGCAGACUACGGCAAUGACGAGACCUUGGAGCAGAAGCGCGUAGAUCUCAUCCACUCAGCUGCCGUGGUCCUGGAAAAAGCCGGGCUGGUCAAGUAUGAGAAGAAGACGGGCAGAUUGCAAGGCACGGAUCUCGGCCGCAUUGCUUCACACUACUACAUCACACACAACUCCAUGUUGACUUACAACCAUCACCUACAGCCAUCCAUCGGCACCAUCGAGCUCUUCAGAAUUUUUGCCCUCAGCGACGAGUUCAAGUACAUCCCCGUCCGACAAGAUGAGAAGCUCGAGUUGGCGAAACUACUGGGUAGAGUACCGAUUCCAGUCAAGGAAGGCAUGGAAGAGCCACAAGCAAAGAUCAACGUGCUCCUUCAAGCAUUCAUCUCGCGGCUCAAGCUGGAAGGCUUGGCCUUGAUGGCUGAUCUCGUCUACGUCACGCAGUCAGCAGGACGCAUUCUCAGAGCAAUCUUCGAGAUCUGUCUGAAGAAAGGCUGGGCCGGCGUGGCCAAGCUUGCGCUGGAUCUCUGCAAGAUGGCCGAAAAGCGGAUGUGGCCCACAAUGACACCUCUCAGGCAGUUCCCGAUGUGUCCAAGAGAGUACAUCCAGAAGGCUGAAAGGAUGGAAGUCCCGUGGUCUAGCUACUUUGACCUCGACCCUCCACGAAUGGGCGAACUCCUAGGCAUGCCCAAGGCUGGACGAGUGGUAUGUGAUCUUGUCUCUAAGUUCCCUCGGCUGGAGGUGCAGGCACAAGUACAGCCGGUGACGAGGUCGCUGCUCCGUGUCGAGCUCACGGUAACUCCAAACUUCGUCUGGGAUGAAGCGCUCCACGGAACUGCCGAGUCGUUCUGGAUCAUUGUCGAAGACUGCGACGGCGAAGAGAUCCUCUUCCACGAUCAAUUCAUCCUGCGACGUCAAUUCGCCGAAGGUGACAUGUCGGAGCAUCUGGUGGAUUUUACCGUCCCCAUCAGCGAACCAAUCCCGCCCAACUACUUCAUCACUUUAGUGUCCGAUCGAUGGAUGCAUUCCGAGACAAGAGUGCCAGUGUCUUUCCAGAAGUUGAUUCUGCCUGAACGCUUUCCGCCUCAUACACCACUUCUGGAUCUGCAGCCUGUGCCUGUUCAAGCCCUCAAGAUCAAAGACUAUAUUGAUCUGUAUCCCAACUGGGACAGAUUCAACAAGAUUCAGACACAAGUUUUCAAGUCAUUGUACGACAGCAACGACAGUGUGUUUGUUGGCGCUCCGACAGGAAGUGGAAAGACUGUCUGUGCCGAGUUCGCCUUGCUCCGACAUUGGAAGAAUCCUGAAGCCGGCAGAGCUGUCUACAUCGCGCCCUUUCAGGAACUGGUUGACAGCCGGCACGCUGAUUGGAAUGAGCGGCUUCGCCAAAUCGGUGGAGGCAAGGUUAUUUCGACAUUGACUGGUGAGAUCACCGCCGACUUGCGCAUCCUCGAUAGGUCCGAUCUUGUCCUUGCAACUCCAACCCAGUGGGAUGUUCUGUCACGGCAGUGGCAGCGUCGAAAGAACGUGCAGAAUGUUGAGCUUUUCAUCGCCGACGAGCUCCAUAUGAUUGGCGGUGAAAACGGCGCUGUUUACGAAGUCGUGGUCUCUCGGAUGCAAUACAUCCACAUCCAGCUUGAAAACAACAUGCGCAUUGUCGGCCUGAGCGUGCCCUUGUCGAACGCCAGAGAUGUCGGCGAAUGGCUUGGGGCAAACAAGCACACGAUCUACAACUUCAGUCCCGUGACCAGGCCCGUGGGAUUGCAGCUACACAUCCAGUCAUUCUCGAUUCCGCAUUUCCCAUCGUUGAUGAUGGCUAUGGCUCGCCCGGCCUAUCAAUCCAUCCUGCAGCUAUCGCCUGACAAGCCGGCUAUCGUGUUUGUGCCUAAUAGAAAGCAAGUGCGAGCGUCAGCCGUCGACAUCCUCAACGCCUGCAUCAUGGAUGACGACGACGAGCGAUUCCUACACACCGAUGCCAGCGAACUCGCACCGUUCUUUGAGCGCAUCCACGAACAGACGUUGGCGGAGUCCUUGAAGCAUGGCAUUGGCUAUUACCACGAAGCCCUCUCGACCAGCGAUAAAAGGAUUGUCUCUCACCUGUUCAAAGUGGGCGCGAUCCAAGUCAUGAUCUGUUCACGAGAUGUGUGCUGGGAAAUCCCAUUCACGGCACACUUGGUCAUCGUCAUGGGCACGCAGUACUUUGUCGGCCGCGAACAUCGCUACGUCGACUACCAGAUCAGCGAGAUCCUGCAGAUGUUCGGCCGCGCAACUCGCCCGGGGGAAGACGACGUCGGGAAAGGCGUGCUGAUGGUCCCGGCCGUUAAGAGGGAGUACUAUAAGAAAUUCCUCAAUGAGGCGUUGCCCAUCGAAAGUCAUCUCCAACUCUGGCUCCACGAUGCGUUUGUGACAGAGAUAAGCACCACGACCAUCACAUCCACGCAAGACGCGGUCGAUUGGACAACGUACACAUACUUCUACCGCCGCUUGCUGGCGAAUCCAUCAUUCUACGGCCUCAGCGACACCAGCCACGAAGGGCUGAGUACCCAUCUGUCCGAACUUGUCGAAACGACCCUGAAAGAACUCGCCGAUGCCAAGAUCAUCGAGCUCGACGAGGAAGACGACUCCCUUUCGCCGCUCAACCCGGCCAUGAUCGCGGCGUACUACAACAUCAGCUUCAUCACGAUGCAGACCUUCCUCCUGUCUCUCACCGCGCGCACGAAACUCAAGGGUCUGCUCGAGAUUGUCACGUCUGCCACCGAGUUCGAGUCGAUCCAGCUGCGGCGCCACGAGGAUCACAUUCUCCGGAGGAUCUACGACCGCGUGCCCGUCAAGAUGUCCGAGCCAGCCUUUGACAGUCCGCAUUUCAAGGCCAUGGUGUUGUUACAGGCCCAUUUCAGCCGGAUGCAACUCCCCAUCGACCUCGCCAAGGAUCAAGAGGUGAUUGUCUCAAAGACCCUCGCCCUGUUAUCCGCGUGCGUGGACGUGCUCAGCUCCGAGGGCCACCUGAACGCCAUGAACGCCAUGGAGAUGAGCCAGAUGGUCGUGCAGGCCAUGUGGGAUCGUGACAGUCCGUUGCUCCAAAUCCCGCACUUUGACUCCCGCGUCGUCGACAUCCUCGCCAAGCAAGGGAUCAAGGACAUCGACGAGUUCAUGGCGGCGAUGGACCCCUCGGAGAACCCGGACCAGCCCAAACUCGUGGCCCAAAUGGGCCUGACCAACCGCCAGCUCGUCGAAGCCGCGCAGUUCACCAACGAGAAGUACCCGAGUCUGGAGCUCGAGUUUGAAGUCGAAGAUAAAGACGACAUCACGGCAGGCGAGCCCGCGCGUCUGUCCGUCAAAAUCACGCGGGAAACGGGCGCGGAUGAGGACGAGGAAGACAAGGAGGGCAAGGAAGUCGAAAUUGACCUGACCGUGCACGCGCCCUUUUAUCCCGGCCGGAAACUCGAAAACUGGUGGCUCGUCGUCGCGGAGGAGAAGACCAGGUCCCUACUGGCGAUCAAGCGCGUCACGAUCGCCAAAGCGACCUUCGCGACAAAGUUGGAGUAUAUCGUCCCCACGGCAGGGCCCAAAGAGUUGACGCUGUUCCUCAUGUGUGAUAGCUACGUGGGCGUCGAUCAGAGCAUGGGCUUUCGUGUGGAUGUCAGGGAGGGGGAGGAGGACGAUGACGAUGAAGACGAGGAUGGGGAUGAUGAGAUGGAGGGUUAA